CGUAAGUGUCUGCCUAAGAGAGACAUUCUAAAUAUAAAAUAUGUUUACUCAAAAACAUCAGAAGUUUAACGAUGAGAUGUUUGAUAAACUUGUGCAAAGUACGGCCACUUCAUGGCGCUACAACAUAACAUGACGCUAACAGGAGAAAGCGGAUGUUUGUGUUCCCUCUCCUUGCUGGCUUGGGCUUGACCUGCUUGUACCUCCAGAGUUUCGCAAACACGCAAUAUUGACUCACCGUUAUCUGCGGAGGGGAUCUGGCAUCGCUUCAACUAUGUUGCUUUGGUUGGAAUUCAGCAGCUGCUGCAAACAGAGCCCAGGCGCAGGCAAAGUGUGCCGUCAGAGCGACUCACGCCGUCAACACAAAUCGACAAUCUGAGCUUAAAAUCGGAUAACCUGCAAUAAUUUCCCUGUGCCCGUCGUUUGAUGCUGAACAGGCUUUCUCCCAUGGGUUUUUGGAUGAUCCCCCACAGCCAGGUCCACGUCUUGAGAUGAUCUAUUUUUGUGAUGGCGAAGGGUCUGUUUCCACGGGCCUGGGUGAAAAAGUCUUUCUACUUUCAGGCUCGGAUCUCCUUUGUGCGGGUGAACUACCUGUUCCUGACAUGGCUGACUGUGCUGGUGGGGAGCUGGGUGUUCUAUGUGCAAUACUCCGCCUACACAGAGCUGUGCAGAGGACACGAGUGCAAGAAUGCUAUUUGUGAUAAAUACAGGAGGGGGAUCAUCGAUGGGUCUGCUUGCAGCAGUCUGUGCGACAAGGAAACACUGUACAUGGGCAGGUGUCUGUCAACACUGCCAAACAACCAGGUAUACACAGGAAGCUGGGGAGACCACGAUGGCAUCAUCCACUGUAAGCUGGGGGAGGUUGUGCACUAUGAGCUGGGUGAGGAACCAGAGCCACGGAGGGAAACCCCAGUGUUUGACAAGCCUACGAGAGGCACCUCAGUGGAGAAGUUUAAAGAGAUGGUCUUUAAUCACCUCAAGUCCAAGCUUGGAGAGCAGGCGAACCUUGCUAGCCUCGUCAGCCAAAUCCUCUCUGUCGCCGAUGGCAACAGGGAUGGACGGGUGUCGCUGCCAGAAGCCCGCUCUACAUGGGCCCUCCUGCAAAUGGAUGAGGUGCUGCUGGGUCUGCUGCUCCAGGACAGAGGACAUACUCCUCGUCUCAUCGGCUACUGCGGGGAUCUCUACAUGACAGAGCGUGUUCCCUAUGGACCCCUGUACGGUUUAUCUCUGCCCUGGCCUCUUGUUUCAUGGGUUCCUAGUGGUUUGCAGCACUCCAUGGACCAGUGGUUCACCCCCUCCUGGCCUCGCAAAGCUAAGAUCUCCAUGGGCCUGCUGGAGCUCGUGGAGGACAUCUUUCACGGCACCUACGGGAGCUUUCUGAUCUGCGACCUCGCUGCGGCACACUUCGGUUACACUGACCGGCAUGAGCUCCGUCUGACUAACACCCAAGCAGUGGUUCCCGAGGAGGAGUUCAGGCGCACCAUGCGAGCACUGAAGUGCGAGACGGAUGCCGACUGCAUUUACGGGGCAGACUGCGAGACAUCCUGCGAUUUGUCAGAGAGGCGAUGCAGGGAGGAGCCAUUCAGGCCAAACUUGGCAAAGGCUUGCGAAGCGCUGAAGGACUACCUUCUGCGGGGGGCACCGUCAGGAAUGAGAGAGGAGCUCGAGAGGCAGCUGUACGCCUGCAUGGCUCUCAAAGGUAGUGCUGGACAGAUGAACAUGGAGCACUCGCUUAUCCUCAACAACCUGAAAGCCCUGCUGUGGAAACAGAUCUCACACACCAAGGACUCGUGACAAGGAGGGGAAGUCACUCUGAAGGAGGAAAUGGUUAUAAAAUAGGCUGUGAUGUAAGAGUAGCAAACUUACUAAAAUAAUUUUUAACUAACACUUAGGAACGGUCACACGUAUGGAUGAAGCUGGAGGCCGGAAAAACUUAUUUUAAAUAAUUAAAUGACUGCAUGCUACCGUCAGUCACGCUCAUAGAAACACACAUUGUGUAUUGUAUUGUUCACUACAGUGGAAUGUCAUGAUAGCACUGCUGGAAAAAACAUACUUGUAGUUUUUACUGAAAGUCUCAAAAGCUGAGAGACUGAAUUGCUGUUUUUGCCACAAAAAUCAUGCUGAUGAGUACGCACUAUGCUGGUAAAAUUAUGAUUGUAAAAUCAAUGAACAUCAAUACCACAAUUUCAUAUUAAAACCUAGAACUUGAGGGAGUUUAGGAUAAGGGUGGACUUUUAACAAAGCCAGAUAAAAGGACUUAAACUGCCCUAAAAACCCAAACUGUGCUGUAGUAUCUAAACAAGAGUUUUCACAUAUUACUACUCAUUCGGUGCACGAUCAGUACUUCCAGAAACAUAACAGAAUCCACACAGAAGCAAAAAGAAAUCAUAAUUCUUAUGUGCGUUAUCAUGAAGGAAUGUGUCACCAAGUGCAACAGUGCAUGCGUUUCAUACAAUUGUCAGAAAGUCGGGACUAUACACCGGAUGUCCUUCCUGACGCAAUCCUACAGGGAUUUGUGUCUCUGCAGGGGAUCUUUCACUCGUUAGGCAAAUGUGCAAAGCAUUAUACUGUGGAGUUACUCAUUGCAAUAGAACUAUAAGUGUUUGGAAACUGAGGAGACCAGCGCAGAUGCUGUAAUUUUAUAUACCAGAUGUUUUAAAUGGGUGACAGGUCUUGAAUCCAUGCAGGUUAGUACUAUGUAGCCAGCUGUUCAAAUGCACGUAGAAUGGAGUUGGGUGUCAUCUCAGCUAAGCAAGGCCUUUGUAGGGAAAAUCUGGGAAUAAUGUUCAGCAUUAAUGGUGCCUUCACAGAUGUGCAGGUUACCCAUGCCAUUUGGAGUUAUACCCACAUACUAUCAUAAAUGCUGAUUUUACCUUUUUUUUUUUUUAAUAGUAUACUGAUAAGUAGUACGGUACGAUUCAGUACUACCUCAGUAAACUGUUGAACACAGAGAUUUCUCUAGAUUCCCUCCAACCUUUAAUGUUUGUCCUAAAGAAGCUACUUUUGGAUUUUCCCUUAUUUACCGCCCCGCACCACUGUGGGGCAGCACAAUUGAUUCAACAGGUUUGUUUGUUUUUUUUAAAUGCAGGUUGUUGAUUUUGGUCCUUUUCAGGAGUUGGGUUUACAAGAAAACUAGAUCACCUCCAAACACAAUCUAAAGGUUUAGCAAUACAUUCCAAGUCUUUACUUAGUGCUGGAUUUUUAAAAAUGUCACUCAUCUGCAUGAUAGACUGAGACAGUAUCCUGUGUGGCCGAUGUGAAGUUAUUCACAGAAGUCUGGCUGUCUUAUUGAUGUGCAUCUCCCAAAUGUUACCCUUGUGAAGUCACUGCUGCAUCACUGACUCACCCAAAAAACUAUUAAUGUAUUUAAUUUGUGAAUGUUUGCCGUUUGUAUUUUCCAUUGAAAAGAGCAUUUGUGGUAACGUAUGGCAUUAUUUAUGGAUUUUCACAUCACAGUGCCAUAGAGUUCAUGCUGGUCCUUUUUAUGAAUGUUUACAGUUUGUGCAGAAUAUAAAA